UUCUAUCCGUUCAUAACUUACGAGAGGCUGCUGUUUCAGAUCAUCGGAAUCAUCUUCAAUUGUCCUUCGAGAGAUUAACUUGGUGCAAAGAUGACUCCCCUUGCGAUCGCCUUCUUCCUGGCGCUCUUCGGCUCCUCCAUCGCACUUCCGGUCAAGCCCGACAGCAAGCUUGGUCCCGUUGUUAGAAUUCCGAUCCUCCUCGAGGAUUUCAACGACGAAUCAUCUCCAGCGCUUUAUACUCUUCUCUUAAGCAAAUUGAACGAGCCGGAGAAUAUUAUUGAUGAUAAGCUGAUCGAAAAACGAGAAGCAAAGGAAGAGGAACAGCAGGAUGAUCUUGAGACUGCAGCUGGUAACUACGCUCUGCGGCCACUGUUCGUUUAUAGACAACAAUUAGCGUACAGACAACGCGUCAGGGACGCUUAUCGUCGCAGGAAUGGCUUCUGAAACGUUAAGGACAUCGCCUGUGUUGCUGACAACCAGACAACCAAGAGGACAAUGAUUUGGAAAGUAAAAAGGACACGCGCGAUUCGCAUUCCAUCGACGAGAUACGUUUCUUCCAGCGAUUCGUUUAAUUUUAUAUUUAUGGUCAUUUCGUCGGAGGAGUGUCUUUGAAUUCUUUCUCUGGGAUCGAUAAAAUUGUCAGAGAAAAAGAAAAAUCUGAAUAUGAAGAUUAAAAUUUUAAAAGAAUCUUAUAAAAGAUGGAAAAGUAAGACUUCAUUAAAGUCAAAAGAAGGAAGAUACAAGUAUCCUUUUACAGAAGGAUAUUGAAGAUUCUUUAAUGAGAUUAAACUAUCCAAUUUUUGAAGAUGAACUUCACUCAGAAAUACGAUAGAUAAAUUAUAAACAUUGAUUGCAAAACUGUAAGAAAAGAAGAAGUACCACCGGAGACGGAAAUAGACCGGUUUUGAGAAAGGCUGUGCCAUUUAGUAAUCUUGUUAAUGAACAAGCUGUAAAUAGCAGACCUGUUAAUUAACAAACAAACCACGUGCACGUCGUUUCAAUAACAAAAUAACAACAUCCUCGAUGUUUAUUAAUAGCUUGUCAAGUAAUUUAAGUAACUUGAAUAAUUUUGCAAAGUUAAGUUAAUCUAAGACAACGAUUAGUAUUUUAUUAUUCUUGUUAUUAAUUUAUAAUAAUGAAUGAGAGCACGAGUGACAAUGUACGUAUUUUAAUACUCUAAUGUUUAAGGAGACGAAAAGCUACUCACCAAAGCAAGCAUCGUUAAUGAUACAAACAAAUAUUGUUAAUUUAAAAUCGUUUUUGUUUUUUAUGUAUGCUAUUUACUAUGAAUUUCUUAAAAUAACCAAAAUAAACAUGUGAACUCUUU